GCUGCACCAGCUACAUCAGUUGCGCCAGUUACAUCAGCUGCGCCAGUUACAUCAGCUGCGCCAGUUACAUCAGCUGCGCCAGUUACAUCAGCUGCACCAUCCACCCCUGCGAUAAUCUCAAUGGGGGUUGUGAUCAAACCUGUAACAAAUAUGGCGACAACGCUGUAUGCACGUGCGACACAGGGGUUUUGCAAGAAGAUGGUAAAACAUGUCAAAUCCACCCCUGCGAUAAUCUCAAUGGGGGUUGUGAUCAAACCUGUAACAAAGAUGGCGACAAGGCUGUAUGCGCGUGCGACACAGGGGUUUUGCAAAAAGAUGGUAAAACAUGUCAAGUCCAACACCACUGUGAUAAUGGGAAUGGGGGCUGUGAACAAAUCUGUGAGAAAGUUGGCCCCAGCUGGAAAUGCUUGUGUGACAGAGGGGUUUUGCAAGCAGAUGGUAGAUCAUGUGAAGAUAAAUUGAGAUAGCGUGUAUAUUAAUCAACAAAUUGGAAGAAUGGUAAUUCCAUAUUACUAUUCCCCUGGUUAACAGCAGAGUGGUUCAGAUAAUUUUAACAGCAUAAACAAAUACAGCGCAUUGAGUUACUACAACGACAACGAUCCAGUAAAAUGACAACAAUAAUUAAUAUCGACCACUUACCGAUUGACACGGAUUAAAGUCUGAACUCAUCGCUGUAUCAAACCACAGAUCCGGAGCCAGAUCUAGCCCCUAUUGGUAGUAGGCUAAAAGGAUAAAUAUAUUUAUUGAGCCUAGACACAGAAAUA